AUGCAUUCGACCCUAGUCAGGGCUCAGAAUGUCUUUGGCUUCUUCACUACUGUAGCAUUCUGCACCGCGAUACUCACUGCUCUAUCCGUGGUUUUCACAACUCAAGAACCAUCCGCGAAGAUUGAGUUGCGCAAUGUACAGGUAGUAAAGGGACGGCCGCACUACUAUUCACCGAAAAAGGAAGAAUACGCCCACAUAAAAUUUGACCUUGACGCUGACUUCACCUCUCUCUUCAAUUGGAACACGAAGCAGUUGUUUGUCUGGGUUGUUGCAACUUAUCCAUCUCCCGACGCAUCGUCUUUGUCCCAGGCAGUCAUUUGGGACACCAUCAUCAACUCCCAUAGCCAAUCGCAUCCCUUCAACCCACUACAAUUGUUCACCAAGCCUCCUCCUGCGAAGAAGUCCAGCAAAGCUAAAAAACAAUCCGCGAAGAAGCAAGAAGUGGAUCCAGAACCAGGCAUUCUUCGUCUCAAAAACACGAAACCCAAGUAUCAGGUCACCGACAUCAGCGGGAUCCUUGCGGAGCGUACCAAUGUCACUUUGGAAAUCGGAUGGAACGUUCAGCCGUGGGUUGGUGCAUUAACAUGGACGCUUGGUGAAGGUCAGGUGCUGGGUAGAUGGAAGGGGGUCGAGGGGGGGAAGAGCAAGGCGUUUGACAUGCCUCCGUUGAAGAAGAAGAGCGUUGGCUCGGAGACAGUGGUAUCAUCAGGAGAAACGCCCCAAGCAGCCGAAGCGUCUGCAGUCAUAUGA